AUGUCACCUAUCGCUAUAAAUGACGCUAUCAAAGAAGAGUUGCGCACCCCAAAGGCUCCUCUCAAGGCCAGCGCAGAGCCGGAAUCGAUGCAACCAACGGUCUCACCCACUAUUGAUGAGCCUUUUUCCGGACGAAAUCCUGAUGGUUCUUACAAGGUGCUGAAUCAGCCUCUUGGAAUGAGGCGGAAGCUGAGAGUGGUAUGUGUGGGGGCCGGCGCUAGUGGAAUCAAUAUGGCGUACAAAAUCCAAUCACAUAUGAAAGACGUCGAAUUUGUGACAUAUGACAAAAACCAAGAUGUCGGCGGGACUUGGUACGAAAACCGAUAUCCUGGUGUCGCGUGCGAUACCAACAGCCAUGGAUAUGCUUUCACCUAUCAUCUGAAACCAGAUUGGACGGCGGUGUUCUCCCCAGGUGGCGAAAUUGAGGAAUAUAUGCGAGAUGUUGUGAGGUCAUAUGGCCUCUCAAAAUACAUCAAACUGAACCACCAGGUACUGGGUGCGACCUGGGAUGCUGCAAAGGCUAAAUGGUAUGUUCGUGUUCGAAAAGGAGAUGAUCCAGCUACGGACUUUACCGAUACAUGUGAUAUUUUUAUCAAUGCUUCGGGGCUGCUCAACCAUUGGAAGAUGCCUAAUAUACCUGGAAUAAGCAAUUUCAAAGGUGCCGUGGUACAUACUGCUGCAUGGCCUGAGGAUCUGGAUUUAAAGGGUAAAAGAGUGGCUUUGAUUGGAAUUGGAUCAAGUGCAAUUCAAGUGCUACCUCAAAUCCAACCCCUAGUCGAAAGCUGUUCGAUAUUCAUCCGUUCUCCAACUUGGAUAGCUCCUGCCAGGGAAGGUGAAUUACUGACCCCCGAAGCAAUUCAACGGUAUCGCGAUCAUCCGGAAGAGCACCUGGAAUACUGUCGAGAUCUCGAAUCUUUGGCGAAUAAGAGAUUUGGUUACAUUACCAAGGGAAGUGAGGAUCAGAAGAACCUGUACGAAGCAUGGAGCACACAUAUGCAAAAUGGGUUGAAGAGUCGUCCGGAAUACUACGACAAGUUACAUCCAUCGUUUGGUGUCGGAUGUAGACGUCCCACACCUGGACCGGGGUUCUUGGAGGCGCUCACGCAGUCAAACGUGGAAGCUGUCUUUUCAGGGGUGGACCAUAUCGAUGAGACUGGCUUGACAACAUCGGACGGAGAUCGAAGGGAGUUUGAUGUCAUAAUCUGUGCGACCGGUUUUGACGUUUCUUUCAAGCCCCGAUUUGAAGUUCUUGGACGAGAUUCAAUCAAUUUGCAAGAACAAUGGGCAGAAUGUCCAAGAGCCUAUCUUUCAAUGUUUGCUGUAAACUUUCCAAACUACUUCACUAUCUUAGGUCCAGGAGCGCCUUCUGCUCAAGGAUCAAUUAUAGUUUCUAUAGAAAGGAUCUCAGAUUAUAUAAUAAAGUUCCUGGAUCGAUUCCAACACGAAGCUAUCAAAACGUUUGAGGUUGACGCUCAGGCCGUAGAGGAAUUGGCAGAACAUAUGGAAGAACAGCUGAAAUUGACUGUCUGGACGGAUAACUGUUCAUCUUGGUUUAAAAAUGGUACUUCUUCUGGACCAGUCAUUGCUCUUCAUCCGGGUGGAAGACUGCACUUCUUUAGCUUGUUGAUGGAUCCUCGAUAUGAGGAUUUCAAAUAUACCUAUUGGAACAAAAACCGAUAUGCAUAUUGGGGCAAUGGUUACACACUUAGAGAAGUAGAGGGACGCAACGAUACUUGGUACUUACAAUACGCAGACGGACUAGACUUGUUCAAGUAUUGA